ACGAUGGAAACAUGAGGUCUUUUUCUGGUUUGUCUCAAAGACUGCACUUAUCCUUGUCGUCGAACGAUACCUCAAGUUCACCAUGUACCUCAGACCCCCCGCUAUUCACCAAAUCCACAACGAAGAAUCAUGGCCGGUACCAGUCAAGAAGCUGGCAUCGCUACUUCGCAAACCGUUACCAAGCCUGAAGGUUGGUCAUGUCACGUCAAAGUCAGACAUAUCUCCAGCGGCUGCUAUGAUUCUUGCUGAGCUGGCAGAGGGCGUGUAUGAUAAUUAUGUCUCGUCUGACGUGGUGUCAAACCCUCUGUACGACGUGCUCAAUAUCGUCCUCACAGUAGCUGCAGGCAUGCGACAACUGGUCAAGAUCUCAGACAUAACCGGCAUGUCGCAUCGGACUUCAACACUUACCUAUUCUCUGCUUGCAACUAUCGGGCGCCAUAUGAGUCAAGAACUAUGUCAACUGAGUAAUGUGCCCUUCAUCCUACCUCGCACGAAGGGUGAUGCAGGCGCAUACCAUAGUCCGACCGAAGGACCUCUCCAAGUGGAAGGGAUUUCCACCUUACUGAUGGCUUGCAUCAUCACACCUGAGCGUUUAGUCACUUCUUCGGCUGUUUCUACUUGCGAACCGGACAAUUAUACGGAUGUUAUAUCUGCUGGAAACAGUGAUUCAAAUUCUUCGGAAGCGCGCAGAGCUCUAGCAUUUUCAGGAAAUGAGGAUGCCGAGGUUGAAGAGAACAACGAGGAAGAAGAGGUAGACGACGAUGACAACAGCGAUAACAACGACGACAGCAAUGACGAGGAAGGGGAAGAGAAUGAAGAGGAGGAACAGGAAGAAGAUCAGGAAGAAGAUCAGGAAGAAGAACAAGAAAUCGAAAACAACAACGUGAAACCUUUGCCUUUCCCAGUUUUGAAUGCACCAUUUGACGCACACGUACUGCCGGGUCGUGGAAACCGCUUCUGUGCAGCUCUUCCUGUGAUCUCUGUCGCUGACUCUGCAAAUAUAGAGCCACUUUUGUCUAGUGUCUUGUAUCAACGCUUUGUCUGGGGUAUCGACGAACCCGUCGUCGGCUUUGUUAUCUCAGAGUAUGGCACUGUAGUGCAAUUAUACCUUGGAUGGCUAGAUUUGGACCAUAAUGUGCCCUCUGUAAAUAUUGGUUGCUCAACUACGUCUGGAGUGGGUAACCCUGCUCUCGGAGUGUUUGACCUAACGGUGCCCUCUUCCUCCUGUCUCUUGGCGCAAUUCAUCUUGAACCUGAAAUCACACUGCGAAGAAAUCGGGUUGGCUGCUACUCGAAACAGAUUUCGCGACUUCUGCUGGCGAUCUGAUCAUCAAGGAAAGGAUAAGGAAGAAUUCGGCUCAGAUGAUAGCGUCCAUGCGGGAGAUGCCCACAUACGUCAAUGGCUGCAGUCUAUUCCCGCAGAAGGCACCCACAGCGACUCUUCAAUGCGCCGUAUCGGGGCGACAUUGGCCUCAAAGCAUGUCAACGAGGUCCACCAAAUGACUACCGAUGAUGAGAAUCUAGAAGCCCCUAGAAGACUUGAAAUUGAAAUAAAUGACACCGUAGAGAGUGGCAGUAACAUGAUGCCUUCUGACAUUACUGAGAAUAAAGAUGACGUCGACGACGACGCGUCUCAUAUUUCAAUCGAUUCAAGCCAAUUAUAUGUGAUCCAUCAACGCUUAUUGAGACCCGACCCGUACGAUUUUCAUGUUUUCUUUUGGCUUACGGAGCGAAAUGUAGCUCUGAUCGGUCGGUUUCCGCAAAAUCCCAAACAACCAGAGUACUUGGAGAUGAAUCGCAUGGUAGCACAAUAUGAAAAGGACGUGCAAUUUCACUGGCCUGCUGCAUGGCCACAAACGAUGAAGAGUCACCAUCGUUCGAUGAUUGACGUUGUGUCAAGAGGUCUCAGUAGUCUCAAGGAGAAAGGGGAAGAAAUCAAUGACUUAGACUCAUCGUUACUGCCGUUCCUGCUACAAAAGAUGGAUUUCAUGUUCUCCUGCUUCCCUGAAACGGCUGAUGGAUCUCUGGAACAGCAUCUGAAGGAUGCUUACGAGACUAAACAGCGCCUUUCUUCCCCCUGGGAUUGUUUACUUUAUCAUUUCUACAUUCAUGAUUCGACGGAGGUCGUUUCGACUUCAGUGCUGAGCAAUGUCACCCUGAACCUCUCCCUCAACAAGGUUGCAAACUUCUUGCUGAACGGUGAAGAAGAACCAGCUCGAAACAUGCUAGCGGCCCUUGUUGAAGAAUGUGUUUUACGAUAUUUAGAGCAAUUACCCUACCUGUCUAUGGACAGAAAGAAGGAAGCGCUAGCCGGAGCAACGGUCGCCAUGCGAUGUUCAAGCAUGGUCACGUCGGUACUAGAGGAGGGCGAGGCAUUUCAAACACACAUAUUGAAUCGCGCUUUGAAAGAUCCCCUCACAAUGGACUGUGAUGCGGUCCUUGUGACGAGAGUGGAGGAGCACGUAAAUUUACUACAAACUCAAGAUAGUAAAAGUACGACUCAUUGCCAACAAACAGGAUCCGCCUCUUCUCCUUGCUCUCAGUGGAUACAAUCCCCAUCGACACAGUCAUGCAAUCCUCGCAUGUCAAAUUCGAAAACCGGUAAGGGAGGCGCGCCGGAUUUGGGCAAACAAAAAUAUCCGUAUUCGAUCUUACCACGAAUGAUAGUGAAGAACCGCGAAAAUGCCAGAGACGCCUUUUGGGAUACGCUCAUGUGUUGCGUCUCUGCUGUCGAGUAUCUGGCCUCCUUGGGCAUUGAAGAUUUUCCUGUCUACGGUGUUUUUGCGUCGGGGUCAGUGGGUAAUUUGAUCAUGACAUGGCAUUCAUCGGCAUCCAAGAGAAUAUAUGUCUUUGAACGAUAUCUCAAGACAUUCGAUGUCUCCGAUCCUGUAGAUAUUUUCUGGUUCUCUGUCUUCCUUCUUCGUUUGCGAAUGAGCCAGGAUCUCAAUCUCUUGACUUACGCCAGCUCGCUGCAUGUUGAUAAUGCCAAGACGUGGAGCCAGUAUGACCAGACCUGCUUUCUUCGAGGGACCUCCCUGUAGCUGGUAUAGAGUUUAACUUAGACAUGUAUUCUUGCUAAAAUGGUGUAAAGGUUAUUAUAUUAAUAGACUAGCAUUACCCAUGCCGGGCCAAGGGUAUAUACACCGUGAAAAACAAGAAAUGCUUAUUCUACGC